GGCUCGGUUAGCACGCACGCGCAUAUUUUGUUUAUUCGAAUACAGGUGCCGCACGGUGCGCUCGCGCUUGGGCCCAUAGUUUGCGCGAUAACAGCAUCGCAUCGGUCGCUUGUAGAAUAUAAUAUGUGCACUUCACGUUGAGAAUACCAAUUAGAAUUACAUCCAAACUAUACAUUACACCAAUACCAUAAGUGGAUAGGACGUGCUAACGUGCGGUAAUGGUUAUGUGGCCAUACGGCUUUGUGGUUGCUCCAAUGCACAAAUUAUAGAAGUGAUAGCUCAGUGUUUGUAAUAAUGCCAGGCGAGGCAGGUAGCCCUUACUGGGCUGCAGUAGACUUCGACAGCGAAGGUGAUGAGGCACAGCCGCCAAGUGGGCUCAAUCACCGUGUUUAUAUUGACCCAUGGGACAACGAAGCCUAUGGGCUUAUCCAACAAGAUGCACCCGAAUCCAGUCAGGGAGAGAAUUUUAAUUCCUUCGCUGGUGAGCCCGUCAGUGCCAGUUUUUACUACGUUCCUACUAAAAACUAUGACUCUGGGGAAGAACCGCAACCAAGAAGAAUCAGUCCUGCUAAAGCAAUCGUUGCGCCAGAUUAUGCUAUUUAUGGAAGAAAGUUAUCUAGAGCAAUCAUUCCGGACUAUCAUCCAGAUGUGACAGUUUAUAGUGAUACUCCAAUGCGAGAUCGCAGAAGAUCGGUGUACAUUGAAGAACCUGUGUACGCUCCACACCCCGUAUUGUACGAACCUCUGUACGGGUAUAUACCGCCUCCGCCCGGGUACCUGCCGACACCACCACGGUCCCGUAUGUCGCUUCCACAUCAUCCAGAGUACAUGAUGGCUGCUCUAGCCUACAACAAGCACAGAAGACAUUCCAGUUUUGCUAUAUUUGUUCAAAGGUUCACGGACGCGUACGAACAUUUUGCGUACGAAAGUUUGUCACCGGAAUAUGAGGACUGGGCUCGACCAUUUCCGAAGACAGCCCCUGAUAACUUCCACCUGUCCAGGUACGGACACCUUCAGAUCGAUUACUCUUGCAGCUGGAAUUCUCUGGAUAGACUUAUCCGUAACUCGUAAAGCAAUUAAGAAAUGAUCUUUCUGAUGCAUAAGUAUGUUAUGAAGGUAAGAAUGUAUAUUAUAUGUAAUGUUUUCUUAGAAUCGUGAAUGUGAAUUCCUUUACAUAGAUAUAUCGACAUAGAUACAAACAAUUUAUGUAAAUAUCUACAACAUAAGAAUCUGAUAUGUUUACGAAAGACAUAUCACUAUAUAUUAUACCCUACAUUAAAACGAUAAAGAAAUAAGUACAUACCUAUGUAAAGAAUUAUCACAGUCAGAAAAGAUCAAUGGUGCUAUGAUUGAACAAUAAUAAUUAAAUAUUGGCCAAAGAAUAAUAAAUGGUGAUUU